AUGACAACAGCUCUCGUUAAGCUCAAAGAUAAACGAGGUAAUUUGGUCGUGGCACGAGCACUUUUGGAUUCUUGUUCUACCGUAAAUUUAAUAACUGAAACCUUUGCAAAUUCUCUGGCCUUACCUAAUUCACCUUGCUCAGUAAACAUUGAAGCAGUCGAUGGCUUAUCCACGGCUGUUAACAAAUUCAUUCAAACCAGUGUUCAUUCAAAUUACAAUAAUUCAAAUUUUCCAGUUCGUUUUUUGAUCGUACCUAGAAUUGCUGAUGCUGUGCCUAACGACACCUUUCCUCGCAAACUCUUUGACAUUCCAAAAAAUCUAAAACUCGCUGAUCCUCAAUUUCAUUUACCAAAGUCCAUCGACAUCCUUUUAUCAUCCAGUACCACCUUGUCAGUAUUAGCUGUAGGUCAAAUUAAACUCCGACACAAAGAAUCAGAAAUCAUCUUGCAAAAAACUAGCCUGGGUUGGGUUGUAGCAGGAGGGGUCAGGGACCAACCAUCUCCAAAUUCAGCUCGGUGCAACUUAAUUAAAUUAGACAAACUCAUUGAGCGUUUCUGGCUUAUUGAAGACUUCGAUCACGAACCGAUUAAGUCACGAGACGAUGUUGCUUGUGAACAACACUUCCUCAAUCACACUCAGCGCGAUCCUUCCGGGCGUUAUAUUGUGCGUCUUCCCUAUAGAGAUUCCAAAUUCAAACUCGGCGAAUCCAAAUCGCAAGCGCUCAAGCGUUUUCAUUUUCUAGAAAGAAGGUUUGAAAGGGACCCGUCGUUAAAGGUAGAGUACUCAAAGGUGAUGAACGAGUACCUCACUCUAGGUCAUAUGAGUCUAAGCGAAGACUCUGAGGACGGCUAUUACCUGCCUCAUCAUGCGAUGAUCAAACAAUCCAGCGAAACCACCAAGGUUCGAGUUGUUUUUGACGCCUCAUCGAAAACUUCAACGGGAAUCUCUCUCAACGAUGUCCUGAUGGUAGGUCCCACGCUGCAAAACACCAUCUUUGAGCAAGUGCUCAGGUUCCGUACUCAUACGUACGUCAUCACGGCGGACAUAGAGAAAAUGUACCGUCAAAUUCUCAUACAUCCAGACGAUAGGAAAUUCCAAAGGCUCUUGUGGCGUGUUGAAGGAAAACUGUCGACUUGUCAACUCAACACCGUGACCUUUGGUACCGCUUCAGCCCCAUUCCUGGCAAUCCGGACCAUUCAACAGCUCGCUCGCGAUGAGGCCAAGGACUUCCCACGAGUUAGCAAAAUAUUACUUCGUGAUUUUUAUGUCGAUGAUCUCGUGUCAGGCGGCGAAACUCUUGAGGAGAUCUUGGCGAUUCGCGACGAGAUGAUAGCGUUGCUACGUCGAGGAGGUUUUGCCAUUCGAAAAUGGGCUUCUAAUCACUCGUCUGCUUUAGAUAGUAUUGACAAAACCAUCUUUGAUUUAGAUUGCGUGAUCAAGGAAGAUCCCAUCCAAAAAAUGUUAGGCAUCGUAUGGGAUUCCAAACAAGAUCUUCUGCAAUAUUCUACCAACGUCGUUGAUCCUCAAGCCACCUCUACAAAGCGAUUGCUUUUAUCUGAAAUAUCCAAGAUUUACGACCCUCUUGGCCUUUUGGGGCCAGUCGUAUCGUUUGCCAAGGUUUUGAUCCAAGAUUGCUGGAAAGCAAAGAUUACCUGGGAUGAGUCGCUUCCACAAGACAUCUCAUUCAAAUGGAAAUCGCUGACCAACGAACUUGCGUUAUUAAGACAAGUGGCGUUCCCUCGACAAUUCCUAGUUUCUAAUCCAAUUAGGGUUCAAGUUCUUGGAUUUUGUGAUGCCUGCUCUUAUGGAUAUGGAGCCUGCAUGUUCCUCAGAUCCUCAGAUUCCACCAAUACGGUAGUGAUUAGGUUGAUAUGUAGCAAGUCGCGAGUCGCACCUCUGAAAGGGGUAACCAUUCCUAGGUUGGAGCUAUGCUCCGCUUCUCUUCUUAAGAAGCUUUAUGUAGAAACAAAACCCCAAUUCAAUUUCCCGAUUGAUCAAACUAUUUUUUGGUCCGAUUCCACCAUCGUUCUAGUCUGGUUAAGAAAGGCCCCGCAUCUGCUAAGAGUUUUCGAGUCAAACAGAGUUGCCGACAUUCAAACGUUAGGAGAUCAGGUAGAAUGGCGGCACGUGCGUUCGGAGGACAACCCGGCGAACGCUCUGUCCAGAGAUCCCUCAAAACGAAUUAGAAAAAUCAUAGCGUUGAUACGUCCAUUAUUAGUUCUUGACGUUGUAGCUUCUGAAACUAAAAUUCUCAAGCUUCUUCAACAAGAAAGAUUUUCACUAGAACUUAGUCAUUUAUCAAAUUCAACUGGAUCGCGUCGCAAGGGAACUAGUUUCGACAAGCUAACGCCAUUCAUAGAAUGA